CCGGGACUGUACAGCACAGACAUUCACCUCUCACAUGUCCAACUCCCUGGCAAUGUGCUCAAAAGCCCAAGCGUCGGACGGCUCGCGCAAUUAUGUUCCUCUCACAAAGACAGUUCCUCGGCCAUAUCUCCGAGUCCUGCCAAACGACCCAUACUUCCACCCUCGCCGUCUGGUCAUGAGCGACCGAGACUGGGACCAAUGGGAAUUCUCGUGCGGCGGCUUCGGAGGUGUCGGCCUGCUGGAAGCGUACGAGAGACGACUCGAAAGUCUCGACCAGCGCGACGAUCAGCUGUUCCCGGCAGACUAUGUCAAAGUUUCUUUCCUCAUUGCGGUUCACGGGUACAAAAGGUUCCGCCACAUUAAGAGCGUGCAGCGCACCCGCGGCGGCAUUGCACUCCCGACGUUGCGGCACAGGGUAGUCGAAUGCGUCGCAGAGGCCGUAUUCGCGUUCCUGAAGCAGGCCGAGACUACAAGCGACCAUGACGGCUCUGUGGCGUUCGGCUCCGGAGGCCUCCAGCUGCAGGACUUGUACCUGCUCGAGCUGCACCGCCACGGCAAGACACUUAUCCCCGUUUUGGGGUACGUGCCACCGACCCUUCUCGAGUUCGGCUGGCUCCAAAGCGCCGGCGCGUUCGCUUCAGCUUAG